CGAAGCGGUUGACAAAAUACGGAAAAAUAAUAAUUUAACUCUUUUUCUUUUUCUUAUCUGCGCUCGAAAUAAUAAAAUGGAGCAACGCGGUGCAUAUCUGCAAGCGCAACAACAACCAGCUAAUUAUGGUGCUAUUGAUCGACCUUAUGGUGAAGCUGUUCCUCCAAAUUUCACACCUGCACAGGUGGCUGUUCACGUUGAAGCAACGUCGGUGCCCGUCAACAAUCCUCAACCAGCCGGCCAAGAUGUACCACCCGCGGAUAGUUGGUUUGCUCGCAGUCGGAGAAAUGAACCACAAACAAAUUCAGCUGGAUCAGCCACAUUAGUUUUGAUAUCGGGAGGCAUGAACCUAGCCUGGAGUUGUGGCUUCUCCGCGGUUCAAGGUUUCAUGGUAAAUACACACCUAAUGAUUUGCUGGUAUAUUGCGGUAAUUAUUGGCGCUUUAGUUUCGGGAUCCAUUACACAUCGCAUGGAAAGAAAACCAAUAUACUUGUUUUCCUCUUUCUUAAUUCUGGUUGGUGGCAUACUUUUUGUGUCUCUACCUCACGAAUAUGGCGCUAUUGCAGCAGCUCGCUACUUGAAUGGUUUCGCUGUGGGUCUCGUAGUUGUACCAACGUUGGUUCUAAUUGGCGAAGAGGUGGAAAGCAGUGAACGUGGCAAGGCUGCUGCAUUGCUUGAGAUGGGCAGCUUCACAAUUGGUAUAUUCUUGCAAAUUUGUUGCAUAUUCGCAUACAGCAAUAGCGAUACAAUACCCAGCUUUCAGUACAAAUUUGGUUCGACAGAGCUGCAUGGCAUCUUUGUUAUUGCUUUUGCCGUAAUAACUUUUCUACUUUCAUACUUUUUGGUCAUCGAAUCACCCGUUUAUUAUCUGCUGCACAACGAUGAGAACAAAGCCAUCGAUUGUUUGCGUCGUCUGCAACGGCCAUUUGUUGUGACACAGGAAACAUAUCAGCAGCUAGAGGAGCAUAAACGUUAUAUCCAAGAUAAUAGCUUUAACAGUGAUCUAAUGUUACCAGCACUGUUGAAGAUGUGCUUAUACCGUGGCUUGGUUUCGCUCUCCUUUUCGCCGCUCAUCAUUCUAGCGCUACUGCUGUCAACGUUGUCAUAUGCUGGUGAUGAUACGAGGCCAUAUAUUCUCUUCGGUGUGUUUUUAUGGCAUGUGUGA